UCAUUUACCUUGGACAAUCAAAUGAACAUUCUCUUUUCAAUCCUUAAAUCUGUGCCAACUCUAACGAAGGUUACAGUACUCUUAAGAAGCUUACCUGAGUCUUGGGAAGUUAAUGUGAUUUCUUUCUUCCUGACCCGUUCUACUGUACCAUUCUUUGAAUUGAGAAUGAACAAUCGAGAUGAAGCUCUGGGAAUGAUCAGAAGCCAGAGAUAUUCUGACAAAAAGUGGAAGCUGUGUUUUGGGUGCCGCCAUUUGAACAGGUUGAGACCAGAUGUACACACAGUGCUGCCCUGUAUCACCCUCACCAUGACAAAACACAGAGAUUUCAACAGAGAUAUUUGGGCGGAAUUUUUUCAUCAUUAUAACCAGCUUAAAGCAAUGACUGAACUUUGUCUGGAGCAUGAUGAGUGCUUGGUCAAAAUGUUAAAUAUCAUGAAAACUAUUCCUGAUCUGCAAGAGGUAAAGUUAGCAUUGAGAUUCCUGACAGUUCAUUGGGCCGUCAGCAUUCUUCACCCUUUUCAGACUUCUUUUAGUCUGUGGAAGAUUGAUUUGGAUACAAAAAAUUAUGAGCUGGAUCUUUGCUCAGAGUUAAGCCUAAGGAAAAGCACCCUCAACAAAUGCAGGUUGUCCUUGGGAUGUAAUAGCUCUAAUCCUGAUACAAAAGCAUUUUUUGGGUAUAUAUCACUUACUGUGUGUAAAAUAUCAAAGGAGACGGAAAGCUGGAGAAGCUUCUUUCAGUCUUACUACGAGACUAAAGGGUUAACUGAGAGAGACCCACUUUUUGCUGAAAAGACAAGUGCCUUGUUGUCCUCCCUGUAUGGUGUACCUGGACUGGAGGAGGUCGAAUUUAGCUUACACAGUCUAACUGACAGAUGGGUUUCGGGUCUGCUUUGGAGACAGUCUGAUGGAUCCUGUCCACCUUUAACUAUUAAAAGAAACGUCACAGACUCCACGGUUACUGUGAAAAUCCACAGGCAUAGCAACCCCCCUCAACGAGCUCUUAUUCACCUCAAGUUACCAUGUUCUGAAAUAAGCAACAUUGAUGUAGCUGAUCUUCUUUGCAGACUGGAACGCCUUAAACAUUUGAAUGACACACCCCAAGAGUAUGAUGUCCAAAUAAAUGAGCUGAUCUCCUUCCUCCACUCUGUUCCUCAUCUUCAAAAGCUAAAACUAGAGAUUGAGAAACUAACUUCCACCUGGGUUACAAGGGUCCUUUCCUUUAAAACCUGCCACAGUCUUCAAAAGAUCUUUGUGGAUACCAAAGUAGGUGGCAUGUUAUCGGAGGAGAUAAUCUCAGAAUUUGAAAAAAAUUGGACAUGUCAGGACUGUGUUUUGGUUCUUAUAGGAGGGAGAUGCAGCAACCCCACGAAAAAAAUAAAGCUCUCAUUCCAUGGAGGUCAUUAUUCAGAAGAGCUCUUUUUGCAGUCUGAGAAAGACAAUGAGUGGGAAGAGAAUAUAAAUAACAGGUUUGCAUGCUAUUCUGAUUAAAGUGAAGAGGCAGCUGAAGAAGAGGAUUGAGAUAAAUAGGAUAAUGAAUAUGAAAAGGAUGAUAAAAAGGGGGAUGAAUAUGAAGAGGAUUAAAUAAGAAAAAUAUGGAUCAAUAAUGUCUGCAAUAAUUGUAAUUGUAGAGAUGAUCUUAUGAACAUACUAGUAAAAUAUCAUGCCUAUUAAGUACAGACUUUUAUUUUAAAAAGUUAUUCUUUAUAAUAUGUUGGUUUUUUUUUGUUUGUUUUUUACUAAGCAUAAUUAAGCUGUUGGGAAAAUAUUUACAUUUGGUAAAGUUGCAUGUAUCACUUGAUGACUUUUCUAUAAGGGAAAUUUUGUAAUAACAGAAAGUAAAUAAACGACUUUUAUCUUGCACUCCAACUCCAAACUUCCUUGGUGCUUUCUUGC